AUGUCCUACAUUCCAUCGGACACCGACUACCCAAGUCUAGCUUCUGUACUCGAGGCAGCAGCACCACAUCCCAUAUGGGCGGAGAGAGCUGCGAAGAGGAAGGAGGAGCAGAGCAGAGCGCCUGCACAUACCAAAAAGGAAGAGUGCAAGGACUUCUAUAUCCAGAGUCCGGUCGUCGUUUGUUCAUCGAUGGCAUUCUCCAAGCCAGCCAAGAACAUUACUCCUCCAGCUGCUAUCACAGCCAUUUCAAAGGCUCCAAUUACUGGGUUCAAGUCCGCACCUCGCAAGAGCGCAAGUGUCGAGCCUAUCGUGGAAGAUUGGACUACUGUCAAGUCUAAGAGCAAGAGAAGGAGGCAAACUUACAUGGAAGCCCGAAAAUCAGAAACCCAACUAGUUUCUGACACUUUAAUGUCUUUACCUCCUACCCACAUCUCAAUCCCCGCACCACAAGAGACAAUCACCGCAACCAAAGAAGAUGGCCUAGAUUCCGCCGAAGAAGCAGAACAGAAGGAGAAGUCCCCAGGCGCGUCGGACAUUCCUGCAGGAAAUAGUUCUAGAACGAGCUUGAUGGAUUGGGCCGAGGAUUCAAUUGAGGAAGCAGCAACUCAAGCUUCCAAGCAGAAGGGGGACAAUGAAACUCAAUAUUUCCCUGACUUCGACGAAACCGUGGCUCAGGGACUGCUGGUUGAAUGUCCCGCUGAUGGUGAGGACAAUGAGAUUGAUUUGGAGGAGGAUCUACAGGCUAAGGAGCCUGACUCUUUCGACUCGGAGAUCGCUCCGGAAAGUCCCAGCCAGGAUGGGGACAAUGAGACUGUAAGGCCUGCUGAAGACGGACUCCCUUCUCUGGAGGGUGAAUUGCUUGAUGUUCCCGUCACCGAGGGACAUAAUGGUGGCAUAGUCGAUGAGAAUGUCCCCACCAGUCAAGGAGAAGAAGAUGGAGGAGAAGGAGAAGGAGAAGGAGUAGAAGAAGAAAAAAUUCCUGCUUCUUUGUCAGCCUCUAUUUCAGCCGAACAAAACGUCUCGGCUGCGGAAGACUUUGCAGCAAAGUCCCAAGAGACCGAGGACAUUGGGGUCCAAACUCCGAAUGCUAUCUGCACUGGCUUUGUGGAGGACGUAUGGACAGUUGUCGCGCCUCGAAAAUCUCGAAAGUCCACGAAGAAUUUGGACAUUUCAACUAUUGUCGAGGUCCAAGCUGAGGUGGAUGCUCCUGCUCCCUUGCUUCCUAUCAAGAGUCAAAAGAAGAAGAAGAGGAGGAGUGCCAAGAAAGCCAAAAAGAGCACAGUAGAGAUAUCGGCUGCCCCCGGAGCUGAUGUCCACACUGCGGAUGGCACUCCUAGUGAGGUCGAGAGGAAGGACAGCGAGGAGAGGAGAGCAGCCGCUGCUGUUGUCCAUCAAGAGAGCCAAAGGUUUAGCACUAUUUUGGUCUGCAUUGUCAUGUUCCUGGUUUUUUUGCUUUGUAUUGCAAGAUACCAUUAUCGCUGA